AUGGUAGAUGCUCUGACGCCUGGUGAGUUCUCGGGCCGCCGGUUUGGGGGCUGCACCGGGGUGGGCGCGGCCCGGAGUCACGUGAGGACGCUGGGGGUGGGUGUAAAUUUGGGAGAGGGCUCCUACGCAAAAGCCAAAUCUGCUUACUCUCAGCACCUGAAGUUCAACAUAACGGUCGAGAUGAUCGACCACACGAAAGCCCCCACGGACUUCUUGGAGAAAUUCCUUCCCCGGGAAACUGAAAUUCUGACCAUGCUAAACCACCCCUUCAUCGUCAAGACCUACGGGAUCUUCCAGACAUCAGAUGGCAAGGUCUACAUCGUCAUGGAGCUCGGGGCCCAGGGCGACCUCCUCGAGUUCAUCAAAACCCGGGGAGCCCUGCACGAGGACAAUGCUCGAAAGAAGUUCCACCAGCUCUCCUCGGCCAUAAAGUACUGCCACGACAUGGAUGUCGUCCACCGCCACCUGAAGUGCGAGAACGCUCUCCUCGACAAGGACUUCAACAUCAAGCUGUCCGACUUUAGCUUCUCCACACGCUGCCUGCGGGAGGACACUGGCUGCGUCAUCCUGAGCAAGACCUUCUGCGGGUCGCCGGCGUACGUGGCCCCCGAGGUGCUGCAGGGCAUCCCCUACCAGCCCAAGGCGUACGACAUCUGGAGCCCGGGGGUAUUCCUCUAUGUAAUGGUCUGUGGCUCCAUGCCCUACGAUGACUCCGACAUCAGGAAGAUGCUGCGCAUCCAGAAGGAGCGCCGCGUCCACUUCCCGCGCUCCAAGAACCUGACGGGCUGCAAGGACCUCAUCGAACGCAUGCUCCAGCCCGACGUCGACCUGUGGCUGCACAUUGACGAGAUCCUCAGCCACUCGUGGCUGCAGCCCAAGGCACGGGACCUGUCCUCUGAAGCCAUCCCCCACAAAGAGGGGGAGAGCUCCCGCAUCACAGAGUCCUCCGGGAGCCCUGAGCCCGACUCUUACAAGAAGUCUGCCACCAAGCUGGAGCCUCAGGAAGAGGCACAGCCCGAGGCACAACCUGAGACGACACCCGAGGAGGAGGCACUGUCAAAGCCUCGGUAUUCAGAGACCCGGGGCUUGACCGCUGAGCAGUCGGCCAGGCACAGAGAGAAAGAGCCCCCCCAACAGCCUCCAGAGGCACACACCUAG